UAAUCAGGCAGCAGCAAGUUAAACGGAACCCACAGAACUAAGAUAUGGAGGACUACUACUACUUCCCCGACUCCUUGGAGACGACCGCGGAAAUCGGCACAAGCUUCCGAGUCGUGCACUCCUCGUCCCACAAGCGGAGCUCGCCGUCGCCUAGGCCCCGGCGCACGUCAUCCCGCGGCCUGGAAGCCGAUGAACUUCGCCGCCACUACCUCCACGCCUGCUUCCGGUGCGCGCGCGUUCUUGCCGGAAACAGAGACAUCUUCAUGUACAGAGGCGACACCCCGUUCUGCAGCGAGGAGUGCCGGCAGCAGCAGAUCGACACUGACGAGGCGGCGGAGAAGGGAUCUAAGAAGUCCGUGGCCGCGAAGAGGGAGCAGCAGACGCAGCAGCACCCGCACAGAGUGCCCAUUUGGGCUCGCUAGAAGCAUGGAUCAAUCAGAUG